CUCCGCCCUCCUCGACUCACUCGACUUUUUCCUCUACCACUCACUUCCUUAUUUUCGUGCUUCGGUUCCAGGAAAGCCUCUUUUGCCUUGCGACCUUUUGCCAUAUUCUCCUUUCCGGAGUCGCGCAAUCAACUGCAAAGCCUGCCUCGAGACUGCCAACCGUAGUCUCGCUGGCAGAAGAGUGCCCACUGCUUCCCACACGAACCCACCAUCGCCACCGCCGCUCGAGAGCCCGUCAGGAUACGCACACAAACACGCGCGCCCACACCACCACCAGCUCCGUGCCCGCCGUGUCUUGCUGUCGUAAGCCCUCGCCUUGCGGAGAAGCCAUGACCCUAACCAAGCAGACGCGCUUUCGGAACCCCGAUGACUUUCCAACUCUUCAGCUCUUCCUGCUGGCCAUUGUCCGUCUUGCCGAGCCCAUCGCCCUCACUUCCAUCUUCCCCUAUGCCUGGCCUUUGGUCAAGAAGUUCAAGAUUGGCAGCGAGCAAGAUGCAUCCUUUUACGCCGGCCUCCUCAUCUCGUCCUUUUCCCUCGCCGAGGCCCUCAUGGGCAUGUACUGGGGCGGACUCUCUGAUCGCAUCGGCCGCAAGCCGGUUCUGAUGCUAGGAUGCGUGGGUACCAUGUUCAGCAUGGUCAUGGUAGGCUUCGCCUCCAACAUGUGGAUUGCAUUGCUCGGACGAGCCAUAGGUGGUCUCCUCAACGGCAACAUUGGCGUCAUCCAGACAAUGGUCGGCGAACUCGUGACCAAGCCUGAGCACGAACCCCGAGCCUUUGCCGUCAUGCCCUUCGUGUGGAGCAUUGGAACCAUCAUCGGCCCCUGCAUCGGCGGCACCUUUGCCGAUCCCCACGAGUCGUGGCCCGAUGCGUUCCCCAAAGGCAGCAUGUUCGAGCGCUUCCCCUACCUCUUGCCCAACCUCCUCUGCGCGCUCCUCCUGCUCAUCAGCAUCGUCUUGGGGUUCUUCCUCCUCGACGAGACGCAUCCUGACAUGCAACCCCGGGUUCUGCUGCCGGCAGACACAUAUGUCUCGGAGGAAACUCCACUGAUCGAGACCUCAGAUGCCAUGAAGCGACCCGCUGUGGAUCUGCGCGCGGAGACGUAUGGUACCAUGCGAAGCGUCAAUGGGCCGAGCCAAGACUGUAUCGACGAGCCCAUCGAGAAGCUUUGCGUUACCACCACACCCGUCUGGAACAAGCGUGUUGUCGGCUUCAUCAUUGCCCUGUCCAUCUUUACGUACCACUCGAUGACCUACGACCAUCUCAUGCCCAUUUUCUUCGAAGACGACCGCGCAUCGACAGUAGCCGCCAUGGCUCGCAUCCCAUCUCUUUUCAAGUCAUCCGGCGGUUUGGGGCUCUCUUUGCGCGACGUGGGGAUGAUCAUGGCUGUCAACGGCGUCAUCGCCCUGUUCGUCCAGGCUGUCAUCUUCCCGCUCGCCGCGGAGAGGGUCGGUGUGUACAAGCUCUUCCUCAUUGUCACGGUGCUACACCCCAUCGUCUACGCCGUUGUCCCCUUCCUCCUGCUCGUUCCUGAAUCCCUCAUUUUCCCUGCUAUCUAUACUUGCCUUGCCAUCCGAAACACUCUCUCCAUUACCCUCUACCCUCUUCUCCUCAUUCUCAUCAAGGAGGCAACCCCGACUUCCAGUGCUCUGGGCAAGGUCAACGGCUUGGCUGCCAGCGCCGGCGCCGCAUGCCGCAUGAUCGCGCCACCGAUCGCAGGUUAUCUCUACACCUAUGGCAGCAAGAUGAAUUGCACUGCACUAGCCUGGUUCGGCAGCGUGGUCGUUGCCGCGGUUGGAGCUGUGCAAUGCUUCUCUGUGCCACGCGAGCGAAACAACGACAGGACCGAAGAAGGUGCCGUUGCACAGCCUAAGCAAGGACCGAAUGUUCUCGCUACUGAAGUUUCAGACGACGAGCAGUGAUUGCUUGUUGUUUUGCGACCGAGUCCCGAACCCCCCUGAGUUUGCUGUUCACCCUCGAGUGCUACUCCCCCUAAGGAGCGACGAGGAAGCAGUUGACCAUUUAGCAGUUUACGAACGACGAAGGCGACGUGGAAAUCACGCGGUGUGGUGUUGUCCUGAUGAGGGAGGGUGCUCUUUCAGCGAGUUUUGGCGUGUUUGAGUGUUGCAAUUAUAACCCAUGGAGAUUGGAGUCGUUGGUGAGACUAGCAUUGGCAUGGGUCGGCGUUUUUGGAGCACGGCGAAAGGUGUACUCUACUGCUUUUUACUUUUUUCCACCCUCACGAAUAGAAUGAGGCAGAACAGGUACAUAGCAGCCAGGCAGGUAAUAGAACGAGUUUGACGAUG